AUGCAGUCUUCUUCAAUUGAAAAGAGACUGACAUCGUCCGCUGACAAGUCGCAGAAGACAUCUGGUCCGUUUUACGCUACACCACCGACCAAAAAAACCAGUGCCGAAAUCAUAAGUGAAGCCAGGGCAGCCGUCGGCCUCCAGCACCAGAGCGUCCUCCGCGUCGGCAUGAAGGCCGUGAGCACCAAGAGGCCCUUCACUCCGAGGGACAGCAAAAGAAGUCUAUUUGGCCAAAAUCGUGGGACCCAGAGACCCCCAAGCAGUAUUUCUAGUUUGAGUUUGCACGUUGAAGAGGAAAGUGGACCAUGGGGUCUACGACUGCCCAUAAUUUCGCAGAGAGAGCAGGCAAAGCUCCAAAAGAAUAAACCGCAACAACCAUUGGCAAAAUUGCCCUUGGAUCAAGUAAAAAGGAACGGGAAACCAUUAGAGGCCCUCUCGGUGGGAGCACUCAUCGCUGAUUGCCAAAAGCAGGCCGAGAACCAGUGUAAACACAGCGAAACUGAAGACACCAGUGAUGAAAUUCAGUCUCUAAUAAAAGUCAUGCAAAUUUUGGCUGCUGAUGGCAGUGAUGCGAAAGAAAUCGAAGCUACGCUGCGCAAAGUCUACAGCGCGUGCGAGAGGGCUGAAAUGCUUGGCCGCAGGCAAACGUCAAAUCCUACUCGCGCGAAUUUGCUCCAGACGCUUUUCUUGUUUGUGGAAAAUGAAGAACAGAGAGUACAGAUGCAAGUUGCAAGAAUUCUGUUGGGCUUGCAAGUAAUGGGUUCAAACUUGAGCUCGGUGUGCAAGCUGCUUUUCAAGGUGUCCAGGAGUGAUCAGAACGACAAACUUUUUUUACAGGACAAUGUCCUAGAACUGCUUUUGGAGCGACUUGGCGCUGCAAGCCUAAUGGAAGACUCGGAAGCCUGCGUCUAUGGUUACGGUGCUUUGAAGUGCAUUACACUAGAGCCGCGCAUCGUAGCGCGAGUUCGAGAGCUCGGUGGGCUUGCCCUAAUGGUACUGCACCUCAAGUUGACAAAUCUGAUGGCGAACGAAAGCUCCAGCGUGCCAGAAAAAGUGCAGCCGGCACUCUUCCAGCUGACCGGCGCCCUUCGGCACAUGGCCAGCGACCAAGCAGGACUGCCGUUCCUGGCGAGCUGCGGGGCCGUGGCACAACUGUGUCGGACGCUCCAGCUCUUUCCCAACGACCCUGACCUCGUAUCCAACGUGGUGCGCACGCUGAGCAUCGCGUCGAUGGACGAGACGUGCUGCGACGCAAUCGUAGCACAACAGGGAAGCCUCAAGAACUUUGUGUUUCUGCUGCAAAAGUACCCAGAGCGCCAAGACCUGGUGGUCAGACUGAGUUACGCCCUCGGCAACCUGAUGGCCCGCAGCGAACACGCCAGGAACCAGCUGCUGGGCGACGACAGCACUCGCAACGCUGUUCUCAGUGUCCUCGAGCGGUGCUACCAAGAGGACCAGCACGGCACAGCCUCGCCGCUCCACGCCACCGAGGACGUGUUGGUAAAGGUACUCAGAGUGGUCGCCAACGCCAGCCUCAGCGAGGCCGUGGGCCCUGGUUUGGCCGACAGUCCGGAGGUCUUGUCUGCAGUGCACGGAGUCUUGUCCAACCCUGGCGCCUCCGAGGAACUGGUGCUCGGCGCCCUGUUGACUCUGAACAACUUGUCAUUUUAUCCCAGCGCAAUCGAGUCACAACUGGCUGAGCAGCAACUUUCGUUUGCCGAGGUCCUGUUGCCUCUCUUGGCUCAGGAUACGUCGGUGCAAGUCACCGUUGAAGCUUUGAGGGUGUUUGGCAACCUGAGCAGGUGGAAGGAGACGAGGACGUUCCUUUUAAACCAAGAAGGCCUUUCAGAUAGAGUCGUGACCUUGUUGAGCGAGGGGGACCAAACCAUUCAGUAUGUGGCGAUUGGUGUGCUGGUUAAUUUACUAUCUGAUCCCUAUGGACGUCCAGCCUUGAGGAGUAUUGGAAUCAUUUCAAAGCUAAUCGAUCUCAUUGAAACGCGAAAUAACGACUGGGAGCUUGCUUCGCUCACUUGCCAAGCCAUUUGGAAUUGCUUGGCUGACAUAUCAGACCUUGCGAGUAUUAUGAACGAGCACCAAACAGAUAAGCUAGCCAACACGCUUGCCGACUUGCUGGACGAGGAAAAAUUGUUCGGGGUUAAAGAGGGCCACGAAGUGCCGGAGCACAUUGCUAAGACAUUUGAAUACCAGGUCUGGGAUGAAUUUGCAAGUGUUGCGACUAACUUGCUGGAAAGAUUGGAGAGCUUCAUGGACCAAAACUGCAACUGAAUGACUUUU